AUUAUAUACUGAGUAAUAAAUAUUAAUUGAAACAUGAAAUUGUGCGAAAUCAGAAGCUUUGUUUUUACAUCAUUUGCUCGUGAAAGUCAACCAGACACAACGGAAAUUGAGUUGAUUGCUGUCCAUUUUCUCGAUGUGUUUAAAAAGCCAUCAACCGACGGAAUAAUCCAGAUGCCAAGAAUUUACGAUAAGUUGCUGCUUCGUAUAAAUUACGAUCAAGAAAAAGAAUUUUUACGAAGCAAUUCAAGAAAUUUAUUUGAGAACUUCUUAAAAUUACAAGCUGUACCUAUUUGUUUUGUUUGGCGUAAGUUUGUGGAAAGUGAUAUUUCAAUGCUUAUGAAAUAUUUUGUUGAAAUCGGUAAUGCAGAAAAUAUAUACCAGGUGAAUUUUGAAGAAGUCGCUCGUGUAAUUUAAUCUGUACAUAAAGAGAAUAGCAUCAAACAAGUCUUCACACAAAUCAAAACAAACGCUAUGUCAAGUGCAACUGUUUUAGCUAAAGCUUGUUUUGUCGUCUCCAUGUACAAAGAAUUCAAAAAUUUCAAGUGCCGAUCAUCGUGCGAAAAUCAGGAGGAAGAUUCUAAAAGCGAUCAAAAAGCUAGAGUUGAUAAUCCGCUUGUAGAUCAGAUAAUAGACAGUGUAGAUGGCCAAGAAUGUUCAGAAAUGGCAACCUAUGUCAUAUUCGACCUAGAAACUACUGACCUGCGAGACCGCAAAAUCACAGAAAUUUAUAUGGCUGCCGUUGCGAGAUGCCAUCUUGGUGUCACUGAGGAUGUGAAUCCAUAUUCAGUGAUACAAGAUAAGAUUCGAAUAUCUGUCGACCCCAAAAGAACUAUCGAACCAGUAGCAGUAGAUCUAACUGGCUUAACACGAAAGGAUCUCUUGCUACGUCAGAAACUACCGUGGAGUUCGCUCACAAACACACUGGUUGCUGAUUUUUUGAAAAGACAGACACAACCAUUGUGUAUUCUUGCUUUCAAUGGAAAUAGAUUUGAUUUCAAAGUGUUGAAAAUGCAUAUAGGUUCUAUGUUCGUCGAGAAAAAGUUCUCUCGAUAUUUCAGCGCAGACGUAAUGACUGGAACGAGUCGCCUCUUGAUGGAAAACGGCGUAAAAUUAGAAAAUAAAAAAUUGGAUACCAUGUUCAAACAUUUGGUUGGGGAAUUUGAAAUCCAAGAGCGUCAUUCAGCUGAAGGAGAUGUAAAUGCCACAAUAGCGUUAUUACAGAGAUCGCCAGGGGAUAUUCUUCAAUGGUUUGAUCAAUAUAAGGUACCUUUCAAUGGGCGUUCUUUCACACCGCCCCAGCGGAAGAAAAAGAAGAAAGUGGAAAAAUCAGAUGAAAACGAAAAAGAAAAAGUCACAUCAACCCUGAAAAAGAAAGAAAAAAAAAGAAAAAAUAAGAAGGCACUGUCAACUAAUUUUGUAACAAAUAAUCAGAAUGAGUCGUCUACUUCAACGUCAUAAACAAAAGUUACACCUUCCCAAUCUCGACGUUGAAGAUAUGUUGAAGCAAAUAUAUUUAUCCUUAUCUGCUACAAAUCUGUAUCUGCAUGAUUCUAAUCUUUUCAGUUGUUUAGACAUUUAUUCAAUCAUUUUUAAUCAUGCUGUAACCAUAUCAUCUUGUUGUAAAUCCUAAAUAAUGAAGUUCCUGUACAAAUUAUAGAUUGCACUUCGAAACCAUGACAUAAAGACCAGGGAACUAACAAACGAAUAAUAUAAAUGUUCGUAUUCUAUAAUUAAUUAUCAUGCCACUUAUAAGUUCCUUGUAUUCUGAAUAAGUUCAAAUGUUAAGUUGCUUUAUUGUUAAAUUGUUUCACUGCCAAGCCAAAUGUGACGAAAAUAAUGCAAAAAUAAAAGGUUUAUAUUUUUGAAAUAAUCUGAGUUAGAUUAGUUUUGAAAAUAUAUUUUGAUGGAAAUCGA